AACCAUCAGUUUGCAUCCAUCAUCAAACUUAACAACAACAUGUUUCUGUUGUAUAUUUGCGUCUGUGCCGGCCUCAUGCUGUCCCUCCCUCAGUGUACGUAUCAGUCAUGCAUGGAAGGAACACCCAGACAGUGCCUGGAUGCGGAAUUUGCUCCAGGUACCAAUUUGGCCGGGGAAGGCUUCGACAUUACCAAAAUGGAACGUAAGGGGGCCUUUGUGCUCGACAUGAAUCAGUGGAAACGCAAGGACAAAACAUGCACCCUGUGUAGCAACCCCUAUCUGGAGAACAAAAAGCAAAAGCUCCCCUUGUCAGUGGAGGACUGGAGGGCGAAACACUCCUGCAGCAUGAAAGUGGUCAGUAAUCUCCACAGAUCUAGUGAGUCUCUGGUCAGUUCCAGCUCCUCUUCGGUGGAAAACAACUGGCAGGCCAAUCUAGAUGUUAAUGUUGGUGAAAAAGGAGGCUCAGUGAUGCUAGCUGGAACCAAUUCUAAGUUAGCUGAAUACUCCAUGGAAAAAACGAAGAAUGACAAGUUCAGCUUCACAAGCCAAAGCAUGUCCUGCGAGUACUACAGCUACCGAGUGUCCCUCAGUCCCAAGUUGCACAGAGAAUUUCGCAAAGCAGUGAAACAGCUCCCCAAAAUCUACAGCCCUGAAUACAAGCAACGAUUCUACAAACUUAUUGACAACUUUGGCACCCAUUACCUCAGCAAGGUGAAGUUGGGAGGAAGCGUUCAAUCUGUGACCAGCAUCAGGCAGUGCCAGGCCAGCCUGCAGGGCCUCAGCGCAGAGGAGGUGCAGAUGUGCCUGGAGGUUGAGGCGUCCGCCACAUUCAAAGCUACAGUAAAAACUCAAUCAAAACACUGCAAGAAGGACAUAGAGAAGACGGACAGUAAGUCAGCCUUCUCCAGCCUCUUCAAUGACAGGUUCACAGAAAUAAAGGGGGGCCAUACCACGGAGCCAGACCUUCUCUUCUCUGCUGACAAAAAUCCAUCAGCCUACAAAGAAUGGCUGAACACACUGCCACAGAAUCCAGACAUAUUCUCUUAUUCCCUGGAAUCGCUUCAUGAGUUACUGCCAACAAACACCCCUGUCAGGAAGAACCUACGCUCGGCCAUUAGCCAUUACAUCCUGGAGAAGGGCCUGUUGAGGAACUGCAGUGAGCGCUGUCAGGCCGGCAUCAAGAGUGACCCGAGGGAUACCUGCGUCUGCCAGUGCCACAAUGACCCUGCUGUAAACCAAGACUGCUGCCCAACCCGUAAGGGCAUGGCGCGGGUUAUAAUAACUGUACAACGGGCGUCCGGUCUUUGGGGAGAUCACACCACAGCCACAGAUGGCUAUGUGAAAGUGUCCCUCAACGGGCAGAUGGUCCGUCGUUCUCCCGUCAUUUACAACGACAACAACCCACACUGGGGCAUGAUCAUCGACCUGGGCUCCCAGGAUUUGUCAGCAGGACAUCGAGUGAGAUUUGAAGUGUGGGAUGAGGACAACAACUGGGACGACGACCUGUUGGGACAAUGUGAGAAAGAUCUGUCCGCUGGAGUCAUGGAGGAUCUCUGUAACCUGCAACACGGCCGGCUCUUCUACAAACUGGAGGUGAAAUGUGCUCCGAGUCUGAGUGGAAAUUCAUGCGUGGACUACAAACCUUCACCUAUGAGUCAAAGUCUGAAGAAGCUGUAUGUGUCCCGUCAUGCCCACCCUAUUCCAAAGGUCAUCCUGUCACAGAUGGGUGUGUUUGUGGAUGAAAAAAGCUCACAGAGAAAUCUUACUGCAUAGAGUCAAAAGUCUGAUAUAUAACACCUGUGUUUAGCUUUACUGCGGCUUAUUUAGCAACAUCAUUAUUUUUAUUAGGUGUAUCGAUGAGGUUAAUUUAAGCAGGACCUCUUACCCAUAAUUGACACCCCCACUAAACUCUACUUAUGUGUUGACAAAGCAGCUCUAACUUAAUUAUUUUUAAAAAUCCCUAAUAUUUGGUAUGUUCAGUUUAAUUUAAAGUGUUAUUUUUUUCAGUUGCAGAUUUGAAAAGUACAUAUUUGUUAUGUAUUGUGCAAUCAUUAUGUAGCAUUUUAUUAUCUAUAAAA